AUGGGACAUGAUCCAGCACAAAGCAAUUGUUGUUGCUCAGCUAUUGAUCAUUGUACACCAGAGUGUAUCUCUGGUUCCCAACUUGGAGAUACGAUGUUUGUAUAUGGAGAUGGUUUGAUGGCCUAUCUCUUUACACUCAUGAUUGUUGUUAUGGUUGUGGACGGUGUCCAGGAUGUGACAAAGUGGUUGCCCAAGAAAAUGCCAAGCAGCCAUGAUGCAAAGAAGAACAGUGACGAAGCUAUAGGUAUUUCAAAAGCAAGCGAAGAAGACUCCAAGUGUGACAAUGCUCUCAAGAUAUACUCUCGCAACAGAGAUACUGCCAGCCUCGUCAAUUAG